AACUGAGUGGCUGUGAAAGGGUGGGGUUUGCUUAGACUGUCCUUCCUCUCUGGACUGUAAGAAUAUGUCUCCAGGGCCAGUGUCUGCUGAGAUCGAGUCCCACCUUCCAAGUCCUGGCAUCUCAAUGCACCUGGGAAGCUACCUGCAUUAAGUCAGGACUGAGCACACAAGCAAGCUCCUGAAAGAAGCAGGUAUGGCUGCGGUGAUACUGGAGAGCAUCUUCCUGAAACGAUCCCAGCAGAAAAAGAAAACAUCACCUCUAAACUUCAAGAAGCGCCUUUUUCUCUUGACCGUGCACAAGCUUUCCUACUAUGAGUAUGACUUUGAACGUGGGGUAAGUUUCUCCACUGUCAAACUUGAGUUUAAGAUUUUAAGUUCAUUACAGAGAAGGGGUGAAGAAUCCAGUGAAAUGGAGCAGAUUUCAAUCAUCGAAAGAUUCCCUUAUCCCUUCCAGGUUGUAUAUGAUGAAGGGCCUCUGUAUGUCUUCUCUCCAACUGAAGAACUGAGGAAGCGUUGGAUUCACCAGCUCAAAAAUGUGAUCCGGUACAACAGUGAUCUGGUACAGAAAUAUCACCCUUGCUUCUGGAUCGAUGGGCAGUAUCUCUGCUGCUCUCAGACAGCCAAAAAUGCUAUGGGCUGCCAAAUUUUGGAGAACAGGAAUGGAAGCUUAAAACCUGGGAGUUCUCACCGGAAGACAAAAAAGCCUCUUCCUCCCACACCUGAGGAGGACCAGAUCUUGAAAAAGCCACUGCCCCCUGAGCCAGGGGCAGCACCAGUGCCCACAAGCGAGCUGAAAAAGGUUGUAGCCCUUUACGAUUACAUGCCAAUGAACGCAAAUGACCUACAGCUGCGGAAGGGUGAUGAAUAUUUUAUCCUGGAGGAAAGCAACUUACCAUGGUGGCGAGCCCGAGAUAAAAAUGGGCAGGAAGGCUAUAUCCCUAGUAACUAUGUUACUGAAGCAGAAGACUCCAUAGAAAUGUAUGAGUGGUAUUCUAAGCACAUGACUCGGAGUCAAGCUGAGCAACUGCUAAAGCAAGAGGGGAAAGAAGGAGGUUUCAUUGUCAGAGACUCCAGCAAAGCUGGGAAAUAUACAGUGUCUGUGUUUGCUAAAUCUACAGGGGACACUCAAGGGGUGAUCCGCCAUUACGUUGUGUGCUCCACACCUCAGAGCCAGUAUUACCUGGCUGAGAAGCACCUUUUCAGCACCAUCCCUGAGCUCAUUAACUACCAUCAGCACAACUCUGCAGGACUCAUAUCCAGGCUCAAAUAUCCAGUGUCUCAACAAAACAAGAAUGCACCUUCCACUGCAGGCCUGGGCUAUGGAUCAUGGGAAAUUGAUCCAAAGGACCUGACCUUCUUGAAGGAGCUGGGGACUGGGCAGUUUGGAGUAGUGAAGUACGGGAAAUGGAGAGGCCAGUAUGAUGUGGCCAUCAAGAUGAUCAAAGAAGGCUCCAUGUCUGAAGACGAAUUCAUUGAAGAAGCUAAAGUCAUGAUGAAUCUUUCCCAUGAGAAGCUGGUGCAGUUGUAUGGCGUCUGCACCAAACAGCGCCCCAUCUUCAUCAUCACCGAGUACAUGGCCAAUGGCUGCCUCCUGAACUACCUGAGGGAGAUGCGCCACCGCUUUCAGACUCAGCAGCUGCUGGAGAUGUGCAAGGAUGUCUGUGAAGCCAUGGAAUACCUGGAGUCAAAGCAGUUCCUUCACCGAGACCUGGCGGCUCGAAACUGUUUGGUAAAUGAUCAAGGAGUUGUUAAAGUGUCUGACUUUGGCCUGUCCAGGUACGUCCUGGAUGACGAAUACACAAGCUCAGUAGGCUCCAAGUUUCCGGUCAGGUGGUCUCCCCCAGAAGUCCUUAUGUAUAGCAAGUUCAGCAGCAAGUCUGACAUUUGGGCUUUUGGUGUUUUGAUGUGGGAAAUUUACUCCCUGGGGAAGAUGCCAUAUGAAAGAUUUACUAACAGCGAGACCGCUGAGCACAUUGCUCAAGGCCUACGUCUCUACAGGCCUCAUCUGGCUUCAGAGAGAGUAUAUACCAUCAUGUACAGUUGCUGGCACGAGAAAGCAGAUGAACGUCCCACUUUCAAAAUUCUUCUGAGCAACAUUCUAGAUGUCAUGGAUGAAGAAUCCUGAGCUCGCCAAUAAGCUUGGUUCUACUCCUCUCCUCUGCAAGUCCCAGUUUCACUUUCUCUGAGGAAAUCCUAGGCUUACAGACCUUGGAGCCCUUGUGCUGCCACUGAAUACACAGUGGCCCCUCUCUACACCUAGGAAUGCCUCUCUUCUUUGAUUCCCUGGGAUAGUGCCUUCUGAGCAAAGGCCAAGGAAUUAUUGUGCCUGGUAUUACCCCCCAGAGAGGAAAUUUCCCAAGAAUAUUAAGACAGACUGAAUUUAGGAUGGAAACAUUUUGAGGGAGGGAGGGAUGUAAAUAGCCUCACAAGGGGUCCAACAGCUCUUUGGGUAGGCAUUAGAGCUGUGGGUGGGGGGCAAAAUUUGAAAAGAAUGAAAUGGUGUCUUAAAAAUGGGAGGGGAGGGUGUUUUGAUAAAAUAAAAUUACUGGAAA